AGCCAGCCAGCUCUUGCUGCUAACAAAGUGUUCAUGCAGCACAUGAGCUCUGUCUGUUCAGGCUGCCUCUUGCUCUGGUCUCAGAAUAAGAAAGGAAUUGCUCCUCUCCUGGGGUAUGCUAUUUGAGAAAGAAAGUAACCUAACACUAACUGCAGGCGGGGUCGGAGUGAUGUAACAGGAAGCUCUGAUUUUUCCCUUCUCUGCUGAUCAUUUACAAUCUGACAACACUUCCAAUCCACUCAGAACAACUCCUCUCACCAGCAGUGUCACCUCCUGCCUUAGGACCGUCAAGCUCUGCCUCCUGGAGCUGCCCCUGCCUGCAGGAUCCCAUUGUAAGCUUUCACUCCUCCCCACCUUGCCUGGCUCUACAUCUCUGCUGGAGAAUCACAGAAAAUCAAAUUCCAUCCUGAGACUAUCUCACCAAGAAUUUCCUUACGAGCUGUGCUAGGACCCUACGAUGAUACAUCAACCACUUUUGCUGCCACCUGUCAAAAUUUUGGAUGACCCUACUUUCAGGUCAUGACCCCUGACUUUAAGAAAUUCUUCAGAACAAUGUCAAAUAUGAUCCAAGAGAAAAUGUGAUUUGAGUCUGGAGACAAUCGUGCAUAUCACCUAAUCAUAAAAACCCAAGAUAGCUAAUAGAAGGGAAAACCAUAUCCAGAAGAUUGUGCCAACGAACAAGGAAACUGCUCCUAGUUUGACUUAUAGAUAUUUUAUUUGGGCUCUAAUGAUGGAGAAAAAGUGUGUCCUGUAUUUUUUGUUUCUCUUGCCUUUUUUAAUGAUCCUUGUCUCAGCCGAACCAGAAGAACACCCUAACGACACGAUGCUCUUGGGGGUGACUAGAAAUAAAAUCAUGACUGCUCAGUACGAGUGUUAUCAGAAAAUUAUGCAAGACCCCAUUCAUCAAACAGAAGGCAUCUUCUGCAACAGGACGUGGGACGGGUGGCUGUGCUGGAGUGACGUCGCUGCAGGGACCGAGUCCAUGCAGCACUGCCCUGAUUACUUUCAAGACUUUGACCCUUCAGAGAAAGUUACAAAGAUCUGUGACCAGGACGGCAACUGGUUUAGACACCCCGAAAGCAACAGAACGUGGACAAACUAUACCCAAUGUAAUGUUAACACGCCCGACAAAGUGAAGACUGCACUGAAUUUGUUUUACCUGACUAUAAUUGGACACGGAUUAUCUAUUGCAUCGCUGGUUAUCUCACUCGGCAUAUUCUUUUACUUCAAGAGCCUCAGUUGCCAAAGGAUUACGUUGCACAAAAAUCUGUUUUUCUCUUUUGUCUGUAACUCCACUGUGACGAUCAUUCACCUCACCGCAGUUGCCAACAACCAGGCCCUGGUGGCCACCAACCCUGUGAGCUGCAAAGUGUCCCAGUUCAUCCAUCUGUACCUCAUGGGCUGUAACUACUUCUGGAUGCUGUGUGAAGGCAUUUACCUGCACACGCUCAUCGUAGUGGCUGUGUUUGCUGAGAAGCAACACUUGAUGUGGUAUUAUUUUCUCGGCUGGGGAUUUCCACUCAUUCCUGCCUGUAUACAUGCUAUUGCCAGAAGCUUAUAUUACAAUGACAAUUGCUGGAUUAGCUCUGAUACCCAUCUCCUCUACAUUAUCCAUGGUCCAAUUUGUGCUGCCUUACUGGUGAAUCUGUUUUUCCUGUUGAAUAUUGUGCGUGUUCUCAUCACUAAGUUAAAAGUCACACACCAGGCCGAAUCCAAUCUCUACAUGAAAGCUGUGAGAGCUACCCUUAUCCUGGUCCCAUUGCUGGGCAUCGAAUUUGUGCUUCUCCCCUGGCGUCCUGAAGGACGGAUUGCUGAGGAGGUUUACGACUACAUCAUGCACAUCCUGAUGCACUUCCAGGGCCUUUUGGUCUCUACAAUUUUCUGCUUUUUUAAUGGAGAGGUUCAAGCAAUUCUGAGAAGAAACUGGAAUCAAUACAAAAUCCAGUUUGGAAACAGCUUUUCCCACUCAGACGCGCUGCGCAGUGCAUCUUACACGGUGUCGACAAUCAGUGACGUGCCGGGUUUUAGUCAUGACUGUCCCAGUGAGCAGCUAAAUGGGAAAAGCAUCCACGAUAUUGACAAUGUUGUCCUAAAGCCAGAAAAGUUAUACAAUUUAGUUGUAUGAAAAUAGGGUGAUCGUUGUCUAUUUUGUGCCACCCCUAACUCAAGGACUUGGACCCAUAAUUUACAGUCAGAAGACUUCAGUAUUAAAUGCAUUUCUUGAGCACCAUAAAGAAAGACCUCAAAUGAAAGGAGCAUUAUGUUAAUUGUUUAACAAUUAGCUGUAUGCUUGGGGGAGAUCCUGGCUUACGUAUGACAGUAAAUACUCCCCCUACGGUUUAUUUCAAAGUGCCAAUUUGACACAACUGGAUGUGAAACUGGGGAAAGAGAGAGCACAGUCAACUCUUGUAAGCUGAUGUGUGUCACCUCCAGCAUAUCGCUGCAUGAAUUAACCUAUGAAUACAACUAUAAAGGUUUGUACACACACACUGGGUGUGACCCUACUCUUGUUUCAUAAGGAGACCUAGCUUAGGCUUACAGACAUGGAAGGAAAUUUUACUUUCGGUUUGUGGGCUGUAAAAAUCAUUAUCCAAUUUUCAUUGGUGCAAUUGAAUUUCAUUUGCCCAGAAAGUACUCUACUCAUUUUUGUAAUACCUUCUCAAAUGCAUCAAAGAGUUAAUUAUUCUCGUUGGUUGACUCUCUUUUCUGUAAAAAAAAAAAAGCAACAGCGGAAUUGGAAUGAACUACAUCCUCAUUUCCUGAUAUAUCACAGUUACAUCCUGAGACAAAUCCACUUUUGCAACUUGGUGAAUGUAUGAUAUGCAGUCUUAUUUCUGUAUCAUUAGGUAGAUAUCUUGGUUGAUGCCACAAAACACCUAGUCAAUUACUUUCCUGUCUUACUACACAAGUGGGGGGUGGGGGGUCAGUUUCCCUGUGUCUGUAGAUAGAAACUUUGCCCCUUCCAUUUUUACUGUGUAGGCAAAUUAACAAUCAUUUUACAUGAAGGAAAUCAAUGAAGGAUUUUUUUAUUACCUUUGGCGUUUGUAAAAAUCAAAAGAUUUUUAUGAAAAUUAGCUUGUAAAUAUUCUAUUAUUUUUUUGUCUGAUGUCAAAUAUACAUAACCAAGGUAAUUUUUUAAAAAGGCAGAUACAUAAUGAAACAAGGUAUGCAUGUUAAUGUCUGAUACUGUAUCUGGGCUAAUUUUUAUAAUAAAAUAGAGUCUGGAAUUCUAUAUUGCAUAAAUAUUUUAAGGACAACCAGAUGCCAGCAUCAGAAGUUUGAGAACUAAAAAAAUAGUACAUUUAUGAUAAGAUAUAAAAUAUUUAUUUUAAAAAUUCAAAGCCAUUAUUUUAUUGACAUAACAGCUUUGAUGAUUCAUACCUUAACAGUAGGUAUGCAUGAUGCAUUUCUCCUGUUAUUUUGAAGAUGAACUCACAUUCUAAUUCAGAAAUUUUAAACCAACUACUGUAAUAACUUGUCAAUGGAUUUUAUUCCAUUAAAAUACUAUUUUAAUGACUCUUACUAUAUGAUGAUGUAUAGUAUUGAAAAGGUCCCAGAUUAUUAAAAAAAUAAAACCUAGGGGAACACUCUCUCUAUAUAAUAUGCAAGCUUUAAUAUUUUAAUAGGCUUCUGUAUAUAAUAACACAAACCAGUGAAAGACUUGAAUAUCUAUGAAUUGCAAAGAAUUGUCAGGUAUUUGCAAAAUAAUUACAUUGGGAGAUAACCUUGAUAAUAAAUUAAAUUGACCUUUAAAUGGGAUUCAGUUUUUCUAAUGUUAUUUUUCCACUGAAAUCUCUGAAAAACAAUAGUGACUUCAAACAAUAAGAGUCAAUUUUGGGAGAAGUAAUGUGGAUGUAUUUUGAAGUGUGUCAGACAGCCAAAAAUAGAUUAAAUUAGUGGCUUAGUCACCUAAAUCAUUUCUUGAACGGUUAAUAGAAAUUGUCAGGGAAAUUAUUUAAAUUAGAAUUGACAUAUUAAAUGCUGUGUUAAAUGUAUUUACAACUUAUAAUUUACCUACACAUGUAAAGGCAUUUAGUUUCAAAUGUAUGGGUCUCAUAAAAACCUAUCAUAGAAACACAAGCUGUUUUGAACUUUCAAGUGCCUAAAUUACACAAAAAUUUCUUUUAAUAAACUGAAUUUUAGUUAUUAUUCAAAGACCCAGACUCAUAUCCUUUGCUGAUAGUGUUUAUGUAAUUCAGCAGUGCCACAAUAGUUAAAAAAUGUCAGAUUAUCAGAGAGAGUGUUAAAAUGAUAUUGCAAUUUUCAAGUUACUUUUCAAUCUACUUUGGUCAGAUUAAGUGUAGAUGAGACUUCUUUUGUUGGGCUGUUACACAACUCUCAGAUAUGACAGCCAGUCUGUGAUCUAUCAGUAUUAGUUUUGCACCUAUAUGUUUUUAAGAGUAACAUUUUUAAAUAUUAGACUUCUAUAAAUUUGAAGUGCUAAGAUCUUUUCAUCACUCUUUAAAAAUAAUUAAACCUGAUACUUUUAAAAACUGAACUUCUUUGGUAUCCAAAAACUAAUUUGGGAAUUUCUGUCUUUUCAAAUGUUGAUCUGCCAUUUUUCUGCAAUUCCUUGUGAAAGCCACAUUUUAAUUUUCUAAAAAUUCUAUUUUGUUGACUUUUUGAAAGGUUAUUUUGUAGUGUGUUUAUUCAUAAAUAAACUAUUCUGGAAUUUAGUGUUUGUUCACAUAUAAUCCAAUGUACAUAGAAUUAAUGAUAACUGUAGUGCUGUAUUUAUUGCUUAUACAUUUUUGUGAAUUUAUUUGAAAUUUUUUCUGCUAAAAAAAACAUCUCUAAAACUAUUCAAGCUACUCGGAUUAAUUAAAACAAUUUGUGUUAUACUUACUUAAAAUAUGUCUGUGUUUGAUUUUAUGAAAACACUAAAGUUACAAGUUAAAGUUGACUUCACUCAUGUUUACUGGACUGUUGAAUAAUCUAAUUAAUAAAAUAAUUCCCAUAGCA